UUCCACUACUCUGUCGGUGUCAAAUGCAGAUAUCUAGUAGCAGCUACUGCUCGGACAAGGAGUCCGAUUGCUCCCAGGGAAACCGCGGCGAGGAGGCCAACGUCGGAGUCGUCUGCAUCGUGAAAGCUCGGGCCGGCCGCGGACCGGCGAGCAACCCCCAGAACUUGUAUGCAAAGAGAAGAAGGGAGAAGAUCAACGACAAGCUUCGGGUUUUGCAGAAGCUGGUGCCCAACGGAACCAAAGUGGAUCUCAGCACUAUGCUCGAGGAGGCAGUCCUCUACGUCAAGUUUUUGAAGCUACAGAUCAAGGUUGUGAUGACCUAUCCGGACCAGGCCGUAGAGCCGAGCCACUUAGGAGUAGCAGGGCUGCGCGUGGAAAAGAUGAUUGGGCAGUGGGAGUUGUGCAUAGUAGCAUACAGUAUUUUUCCUUUUCCUAAUCCAUCGCAAGGAGCUUCAUAUUAA